AUAUCCGCUGUGUCUCACUGCGGUGAUAAUCAUCGCUCAGAUGUAAAUGGAGAGAAACGAUAAAAGUCGCGCAGUGAACGCAGCCCGGGCUCUCCGAUCCACACACACAGCUCAGACCCCGCUCCCUGCUCUCCGGCCGGUCUUUCGGUAGCCUCUCACAACAGCCCCGGCUUCGCCACCUACCGUGUCAGCCAUUUUCGCGCGGAUGGCCGGGCAGGUUUGGAGGGCCGCUGGCCGGAGCCGCGGGCCUCAGCUGCGGACUCUGCUGGUGCUGUCGGCCGUCGGAGGACUGGUGUGUAUGGCCGCCGCUGCUGAGGCGAAGGAGUGCGACAGACCGUGCGUGAACGGGCGGUGCAACCCGGCCAACGGCAACUGCUUAUGUGAUCCCGGGUGGGUAGGGGACCAGUGCCAGCACUGCGGCGGCCGCUUCAGGUUAACUGGACCCUCCGGGUACCUGUCAGAUGGACCAGGAAACUACAAAUACAAAACAAAGUGCACAUGGCUCAUAGAGGGACAGGCUAACUCUAUUCUGAGGCUGCGCUUUGAGCACUUCGCUACAGAGUGCAGCUGGGACCACCUAUAUGUGUAUGACGGAGACUCUAUUUACUCUCCUCUGCUGGCUGCGUUCAGCGGACUGAUUGUUCCAGAACACUACAGCAAUGAGACGGUUCCAGAGGUGGUGUCUGAAUCCGGCUAUGCACUUCUGCACUUUUUCAGUGAUGCAGCCUACAACCUAACUGGCUUCAACAUCUCAUACAGGAUAAAUACAUGUCCUAAUAACUGCUCAGGCCGCGGUGCGUGUCUGCUGGUUAACUCCAGUGACACGGCACAGUGCGAGUGUGAAGAGGGCUGGAAAGGAGAGGCGUGUGACGUCCCGUACUGUGCCUUCAACUGUGGAUACCCCAUGCGGGGCCAGUGCCAAACCAGCACCAGACGCUGCCGCUGCAAGCCUGGAUGGCAAGGCCCUGAUUGUUCAGUGUCAGCACCUGCUAACGUUUCUUUCUGGACACAUGAGGAGUACAGGGGGCACGGGCUGGCACGCGCAUCCCAUAAGGCCGUGGUGCUUGAAGAUGUCAUGUGGGUGAUCGGUGGACACGUGUUCAACUACUCAAACUACCAGAUGGUGACAGCGUUCAGCCUCUCCUCUCAGAGCUGGAUGUCUCUGAAUCGUUCAGUCAACUAUGUCACCGCGCGCUAUGGUCACACUCUGGCUGUGUAUGAGGAUAAGAUUUAUAUGUAUGGAGGGAAGAUUGAUUCCACAGGGAACGUGACUUCAGAGCUGUUGGUGUUCCACACACAGAAUCAGUCGUGGGAGCUGUUAAGCCCCCAGGCUAAAGAGCAGUACGCGGUGGUGGGUCACUCUGCUCACACUGUCCAUCUCAAACCUGACGGAUCAGAGCCUGUCAUGCUGGUCUUCUUUGGACACUGUCCUCUCUAUGGAUACAUUAGCCAAGUGCAGCAGUACAACAUCGUGAAGAACAGGUGGAGUGUUUUGGAGACAAGAGGGGCACUGGUUCACGGGGGCUACGGCCACAGCAGUGUGUAUGACCCCCUCACACGCUCUGUCUACAUCCAUGGAGGCUACAAAGCCUUCAAUGCCACAAAGUACGGCCUGGCUGGGGAUCUGUACCGUUACGACGUGGACAACAGCAUGUGGUCAGUUCUGAGAGACAGCGGCUCUUUCCGCUACCUCCACACAGCCGUGUUGGUGGGCGGCAGUUUACUGGUGUUUGGAGGGAACACCCACAAUGACACAUCUAUGAGUCACGGUGCCAAGUGCUUCUCUUCUGACUUCAUGGCCUAUAAUCUGGCAUGUGAUGAGUGGACUGUGCUGCCCAGACCUAAUCUUUACCAUGACGUGAACCGCUUUGGCCAUUCUGCUGUCUACAGCAAUGGGGUGAUGUAUGUGUAUGGAGGAUUUAACAGUCUGAUGCUGAGUGAUAUGUUGAGAUUCACGCCUGCCAGUUGUGACGCCUUCACUGAAAUGGCAGAGUGCGUGACGCCUGUGCUGGGAGUGCGCUGUGUGUGGAACUUCACCACCAAUACAUGUUUUCCCUGGGAGGCAGCCAAAUCCCCUGACCCAGAGACCCUGCUCAGCAUGUGCCCUCCCAGAGUCUAUGCAGACAGUGAUAAAUGUGACCAGUACACAGACUGCUACAGCUGCACAGCUAACACCAAUGGCUGCCAGUGGUGCUCAGAGCGCUGUAUGUCCAUCCACAACAACUGCACUGCUUCCUCGGGGUCAGUAACAGAGUAUGAGGCAUGUCCUAAGGAUAUCCACUCAUAUGUAUGCAACAAGAAGACCAGCUGUAAGAGCUGUGCUACUGACCAGAACUGCCAGUGGGACACCAGAAACCAGGAGUGCAUUGCUUUACCUGAGAAUAUCUGUGGUGAGAGUUGGCACCUGGUGGGGAAUUCAUGUCUGAAGCUGAUAACAGCGAAUGACUCCUAUGACAAUGCUAAACUGGCCUGUCGCAGUCACAACGCUGUGCUUGCCUCCCUCACCACUUUGAAGAAGGUGCAGUUUGUCCUGAAAGAGCUGCAGAGCAGAGCGGCACUGUCCAAAUCAGUGACUCCCUGGGUGGGUCUGAGGAAAGUGAAUGUGUCAUACUGGUGCUGGGAGGACAUGUCCCCCUUCACUAACACCACGCUGCAGUGGUUGCCGGGUGAACCCAGUGACGCCGGAUUUUGUGGAUACUUGGCCGAGCCCAGUGCUGGAGGUCUGAAGGCAGCAGCCUGCAUCAACUCCUUCAACGGCAGCCUAUGUGAACGAUCAGCCAACCACAGUGUGAAGCAAUGUCGUACUCCUUGCGCUCUGCGUUCCUCCUGUAGCGAGUGCACGAGUGUGGGCUCAGAGUGCAUGUGGUGCAGCAACAUGAGGCAGUGUGUUGACUCUAAUGCCUACGUGGCCUCCUUCCCCUAUGGCCAGUGCAUGGAAUGGUAUACCAUGAACACCUGCCCACCGGAGAACUGCUCUGGCUACAGGACAUGUUCUCAGUGUUUGGAUCAGCCUGGCUGUGGGUGGUGUACUGACCCCAGCAAUACGGGACGGGGCCAGUGUAUGGAGGGCUCGUACCGUGGACCAAUUCAGACGCUCUUACAUGCUCCAUCAUCCUCGAGACCCUCCUUCAUACCCCCUCCUCAGCCGAUGCUGAAUGUAAGCUUGUGUCCACAGGAGACCAAGUACAACUGGUCCUUCAUCCAGUGUCCAGCAUGCCAGUGUAACGGCCACAGUGCGUGUGUGAAUGAGAGUGUAUGUGAGAGAUGUGAGGAUCUCACCACUGGCAGACACUGUGAGAGCUGCAUAUCCGGUUACUAUGGCGACCCCACUAAUGGGGGCAGCUGUCAGCCUUGUAAGUGUAACGGCCACGCCAGCUUGUGUAAUUCAAACAACGGCAAGUGUUUCUGCACCACCAAGGGUAUCAAAGGAGACCGCUGCAAUCUGUGUGAAGUGGAGAAUCGUUACCAGGGCAACCCUCUAAGAGGAACCUGUUAUUACACACUGCUGAUAGACUACCAGUUCACCUUCAGCCUGUCUCAGGAGGAUGACCGAUACUACACCGCUAUCAACUUUGUGGCCACACCGGAUGAGCAAAAUCGAGAUUUGGACAUGAUCAUUAAUGCCUCCAAGAACUUUAAUCUCAACAUCACCUGGGCAACCAGCUUUGCAGCUGGUACUCAGUCUGGAGAGGAGAUCCCCAUCGUCUCUUCUAGCAACAUUAAAGAGUUCAAGGACAGUUUCUCCAACGAGAAGUUUGAUUUCCGUAGCAACGUCAACAUCACCUUCUUUGUUUACGUCAGCAACUUCACCUGGCCGAUUAAAAUUCAAAUUGCUUUCUCUCAGCACAGUAACUUCAUGGAUCUGGUACAGUUCUUUGUCACAUUUUUCAGUUGUUUCCUGUCUCUGCUCUUGGUGGCGGCGGUCGUUUGGAAGAUCAAGCAGAGCUGUUGGGCGUCACGGCGACGAGAGCAACUCCUGCGAGAGAUGCAGCAGAUGGCCAGUCGGCCGUUUGCCACCAUCAACGUUGCCUUGGAGACGGACGAGGAGCCGCCCGACCUGAUUGGUGGAAACGUGAAGUCGGUGCCAAAGCCCAUAGCGUUGGAACCAUGUUUCGGAAAUAAGGCAGCAGUGCUGUCCAUCUUCAUCAGAUUACCCAGAGUCCCCGGCGGCAUCCCAACUCCAGGACAGUCAGGUCUGGCAGUAGCGAGUGCGCUGGUGGACGUGUCUCAGCAGAUGUGUGUGGGCUAUAAGGAGAAAUCAGGAGGGCUGCGCAACCGCAAGCAGCAACCGUUGGCACAGCCCGCUACGUGCAUCUGACCUUUACCCCCACCCCCCCCCCCCCCCUCAGCCCCAGCCCCUUGAGCUUUGACCUCCGUCAGGACUGAGCCACGGACACAUGCAAUACACGUGGCGGGGGUCCCACACUCACUAAAGGAGCAGGGGCGUAAUCUAGCGUUCCGUGAGAACUCUGAUUUGGAGAAACUGAGAGAAACUCUCCCGGCCAAUGGAAUGUACUCAAAUAGAGAAGAGCAAAGGAAGAGAGGGAGAGGUGGACAGAAAGAGACCCUUACCCUCUGACUGAUUGACUGACUUCUCUCCUGCAUCCGCUAUAUGAUAUUUAACUUAUUACUGUUGUUUUAGUCCCUUUUUACACUCAGGAGGAGGUACCCCUGCACUGCUGCAACAUGGUCUCCGUGGCAACACACAGCCGGACCGCCCAUAGCUAUUACGCACGUACCUACCCAUGCAUACUCGCCCAAAUUACACACAUGCCGACCCACACACACGCUCACCUACACACAAAUGGGCGGUCAUACAGGAUGUGCAUCUGUGUCCCUUAAAUCAUGGCUCUAAUUGUAGACGGAUCUCUGUAGUGUCAGAUUGGCCAUUGUUGGAGCUUUGUUCGUAAAUGUGUGUGUGUGUGUGUGUGUGUGUGUGAGUGUUUACAUGUGUGAGAAUGAAACAUCUAUGACAGGGGACACCAGUCUAAUCGUCAAAGCACCUGUGUGGCUGCAGGUUUUCUAUUCCAAUCAAGCAGGAGCACAACUCAUAACAGCUACCUUCCAAAAGUUAGGCUGCAUUUCUAGACUGCUAUGUUGUCCUAGGCUGUUUCAUUCAGAAGUGUCCUUCUAAUACAGCCGAGAAAUGCAGCCCACAUUUUGACCAUUUUUGAGGACGCUACCAGAGUAUCCUUCGCAAUCUACUGUCACCAUAAUCUUUUGUGCACGCAUCCAAGCCAUUGAAAGUUAAAGAUAUAGUAUGAAAUUAUAGUAACAUAUAGCUGCUGUCUGAACAAAACCUUGUAUCUCCAUUUUUGUUCUUUUUUCAGUUUUUGAAAUAGUCUGAAAAUGCCUGUUGGCCUUUACAUGGUGUGAAAAUUUCAUGAUGAAUGGACCCAAAGAAACAGCUCAGAAUCACUUGGGGGGGAAAAAAAGUCUGGUUCCAUUGACUUACAUUAAAAGUAAAGUGUGUUUUUUCCUUCUCCUGUUAAGUUCUCAUUUUGGAGAUACAAGGUUUUGUUCCAACAACAACGAUAUACAGUCUGCUAUUUCUUCAGUCAUAUAUCUUUUAAAAGGGCAAAAUUGAAUUUUGUGAAAUGUGCCUACAUUUGGUUAGUCUAACAGUUUAUAGCUUGCAGGGCAGCAUUCACUUACACACAAAUUGUUUUGCCUUUCAUAUAGCCUAUUAAAUCAUUCACAUCAACCAGAUUGUCAUUCACAUCAACAGUAUUUCCUCUGUUAGGUUUUGUGUACCAGCUCCUUUCUGGUGACAUGACAAAGUGGCUGUAGUAGAUCAUUCCGUCUUGCAUUACAUAAAACAAACGAGCAGCCUUCGUAGGACAGUCCUCUCAAGAGCCCACCUUUCUCAGCUGCAGCCCUGAGUUUGGAACACAGCUAAUUAGUCAACUGUUAAAAGACUGAGACCAGCUUAGAAUUGAUUGGAAUGAGAACCUGCUGCCAUACCAGCCUUUUGUGUUCAAGUGACCCCAGUUCUAAGGCAGGUGACCUUAGUUGGUGACCCCAGUUCUAUGGCAGGGAUGUUUACGUUGAGUCCUGGUGAUCUACCAACAUGAAGAGUAGGUUUUCAACCAAAGAUCUUGAAUCCAGGUUCCAGUCCUGGAUUUUGUAAUCACUGGUUGCCAAUCUGCUACAUCACCAUUUCAUUUAACCACUAGUGAUCACAGAAACCAGGAUGCAAAGGCUCUAACAGCUUCUGAAGUCCUUAAUUAACUGGAUCAGUUGUCCUAAAUUAGUGUUGGAACCAAUCUCUUCAGAACUGUAGACCACCAGGAAUGGACUUUGGCACACCUAGUCUAGUGGGUCGGUUUAGCAGCAAGGCUGCCAUCUUUCAUGCAGCUGAUCUAUUCUUUUUGGUUUUGCACAGCAAUCCCUUUUAUGUCCUCUCUCACACAGAUCAGAGCCUUGUUUACUGCUUAAGUUUCCAUCAGGAGCAUUUUAGCAAAGUUUUUAGGCUUGUAGAAGUUUAUUUUCCUCUCUCGCUCUCUCUUUGAGCACACAUACACACACUCUUUGUAUCUCCUCUGAGAUCUGAGGCCAUUUCUCAGACUCAUUUUAGCUCCUGUCUCGAACAGAAACAGAGUGAACUGAGAGCACAGAGGCAAAGGCCUCAGAGAUGAAUGUGUGCAGCAGCUUUUAUGGGUUUUUCAAAAUGUCAGAUGCCAUUUUAGACUGUGUUGUUUUUCCACACACACACUCGGUGGUCGGCCCUAUGCAAUUAAAUUUAUAGUGUGUGUACCCGUGCAUCUGACUGUGAAUGCGCGAGUAUUAGAUAUUAUGAUUAUCAUGACUAAAGAGCGGGUUUUAGAAUGGGAGCUAAAGGUCAGAUGGGAAAUGAACAAAUGUGACAUUCUGAAAUCUGUACCAGGUGGAAAACAAGAAGUCGUCUUAGAUAAUGCCUAUAAAUUCAUGCGUGUGUGUGCAUGUAUCCAGUACUGUGCAAAAGUUUAAGGCACCUGAAAAAAUUAGGAUUAAAAAGUUGUUUAUCUACUCAGUAGGCAUUUAUUUGCUCAGAAACACACUAAUAUUAUAAAUACAAAUUACAUUAAUACAAUAAGUACUAUCAAUAAGUACUAGCACUAUGUGAAUGUAUUUGUUUUAACCAUUUCCAAAUCUCCUCACAUCAAACUGUACUUAUCAUCCAACUGUCUGACUACAAAUACUUCAGUACGCUAAAAUAGAAAGAAAUUCUUGUUACUUACUGUAACCUUCUUACUGUAAACAUGCUUACUGCUGAGAUAAGUGGUCUCAAAAAUGACCUUUGGUGUCUUGCUCAGUACUGUAUAUAUGCAAACAUGUAAACACACAGUUCUGUGCAACAUUCUGACUACCAGUCAAAACAGUUAUUAGAUAAGAGUUACUCAUUUCAAAUUAUACAUUUAUUUAUAUAUUUAACAGAAAAUUACACAGAAGCAUCAACAACAUAAUAUUAACCUUUUUCUGUUUUUAGCAUCUCCAACCUUUCUCUUUAUCACAGAUUCCAUUCUUUUCAGGGGACUUGCUUUCAGUUUUUCAAAGAAAUCUGCAGGGAUAUUUUUCCACAAUUUCAAAGUUCAGUCUUAGACGUUGGUUGCAUUACCUGCUUUUCACGAUCCAAACAUUCCCAAACACGUUCAGUGAUGUUAAGGUCUGGGGUGGCAACUUUAUUGUUCUAAGAACACCAGCAGCUUUUUUGUUUGAUUUUUGCAAAUUGUCUUUUUUUUUGUCUGUUUCCUUUUCUCAGUAAGGGCUUCUUGACAGCUACACGUCCUUUCAGACUCAUAGUGUUGAGUUGUCCUCUUACAGUGGAAGGAUGGACAGAAACAUCUGUGGAUUUUCUCAGAUCUGAAGCAAGAGUGGAGCUUGAUCUCUCAGGUCUACCUGGUCAAUAUUUUUUUGAACUCCUGUUUUGGAGCUUUGACUCCCCCCUUCCUUAUGGAAGAGGAUUGUUUUAUAUCUGAUAUCCUCAGAAAUAUCUCCUAAAAAUUAACAGCUUGAACUUAAUUGCUGUUUUGAUUUGAAAUUAAAUGAAUGAACGGUGGCCUCUGACUGCCACAGCUGGAACCAAAUUUACUCCUCAAAGAGCUUAUUGUUGCUCAUUGAUGGAGUUCCUUAUGGGACCUGCAUGUGCUAACAUUCCAGUUUGGAGCGGUGUUUAUUCUGCAUGUAGUGGAUUUGACUCCUAUAUACCCUCCUGAUCUCUUCAACAGAGACUAUUCAGAUGCAGAAUAUUCGACUCUGCUGCUUAUUUUCUGUCCCCCAAAGUUAUUUGCGACAUUGAGGUUUCCUUCCUGGUUUUCCCGUACAAAUUCCUUUUCAGUCGUCACGCCGCGUAUUACAGUGUAUCGUGCUCUGGAUAUAAAGAGACUCGCGGAGUGUGCAGAGCUUUAAGAGUGGAAUUGAGAUUGGGUUUAUGUGUCUGCCAUUGCCUGCUUGUCAGUUUUGUUGUGAUGGGAGCCGUAUGAGCCAUGAUUGAGGUGAGACAGAGCGUUCACAAACAUCACAGUGCAUUCCAUCAGAGCUCUCGCAACCAGACAAGACCUACCACGGCUAAAUCGCGCCGAGUUCGGAACUGAUGUGUGGUUGUAGCAGGAAAUUGUCUUUCAGGUUUAUGGAUCAAAUGUGAAGCUACUUUAAAAUGCUAAAGUGGCAGAAAUAUCAUGGUAGGUACUGAGAAAGGCCUCAGAAAGGAUCUGUCCACUUCAGCAGCUGCUCAGUAGAAUGUAAGAGAGAAGCUCGUUUUAGGCAAUACAUAAGUAAAAAUCUAAGGGAUGUGAGGAGCACUGACACUACAGUUAUGCACACACGGGGUGGAACACAGUCACUGAAGGAGCUGGUCUCUUAGCGUGGAAGCCAAUUAGCAGAAUGUUCAUGUUUCAAGCCUCAAACAGAACUCCUCCUCCCUCAUUCUACACAUCCCCAGCCCCACCAUCAGUUCUCUGUACAAUAAUCACUGUAGAUAUUGAGAUCUGUAGUUUGUUAAUAUGUAUAAUGUAGCUGCAGAUGCGCUCUUGUUUUUGUACAUAAUGAUGGACAGUAAUGUGAAUGCCCUUUCUGUUGAAUGAAUUGCUUGGCCGGUGGAGCAUCCCCAGGCUUUUACAGGGGGAGCUCACCGCAGUUUCUUUUUGUAUGUGAGAUGGGGAAUGUCACCAUGAACAAACCUUAAAUUAAGCACAAAUGAGAUGUAUAAAAAAGGAAAAAAGUUCUUGAAUUAUAACUUAAGUUGUAAUUAUACAUGUACAUAAAGAAUGACAUAGAACAUUUUGUCUAUAAUUAAAUGUUGAAAUUGAG